CAACCCCAUACUUAGUUGAAGUCAAAUCAUUUUCCGACCUUAGUUGCGCGACCGAUCUCCGUGCCCACGCUGGGGCCGCCAUGUUCCUCCAGCGCUACGUGCACGUGGUGCUGGACGCUAUUCUAGGUAGCUACGUGAAGAACAUCGACCCUGCUGCACUACAGAUCAGCAUAUGGAACGGCAAGAUCGAGGUGGAGGCCGUGGAGCUGCAGCCUGAUGCGUUCCCGCUGCCCAAGCAGAUGCGUCUGGUCAAGGGCACACUGCGCCAGCUGCGUAUCGAUCUGCCAUGGACCAACCUGGCCAACCAGCCCAUUCGCGUGGACAUUCAGGACGUUAGUCUACUUCUCGAGGUCUGCGCCGACGACCGCGCGGACUCUGACAGUGAUGAGACGCCCGAGAAGCAGCGCCGACAGAAGCUGCAGACGCUACAGCGCAAGCGCGCGGCGCUCGACGCCAUGGAGAAGGCGGCCGAGUUUAAUGAGAAGAACAAGACGCAAACACCCCCAGGUCAGAGCUGGACACAGAGUUUCCUGUUCAAGUUGAUGGUUAAAGUGCUGGACAACGUACAAGUCCACGUGCAGCAUCUGCACUUGAGGAUGGAAGACGCCAUCUCGGACCCGAGACAUCGUUAUGCAGUAGGUAUGACACUCGAGGCUAUUAUCAUCAAGUCAGCGGACGAAGGUUGGAACUAUACGAUGGUGGGGAGAGGGCGGCAGCAGGUGCAGGAUGGCGUGUCGUUUAUCAGAAAGAAGAUGGACAUCAACAAGUUCGGUAUCUACUGGUCUCUACCGCUGGUACCAGUGCCAGCUACGGUACUGAAUGAUGCUGAAGCCUUUGCUACGCUUAUGAGGAGUAACUUCUCGAUAGGGAAGAAACUGGAAGAGCUGGAGCCGUCUCCGUCACCCCCGACGUCAGAGAUUGUUGAGACCAUGAAGAUGACGUCCCCACCGCUGUUUAAACAGAGCGACUACAUUGUGCAUCCACUCACGGUUUCCAUGAAGCUGACGGUGAAUGAUGGGAAUGCCAAAUUGCCCAUUACGCACCAGGAAUUGAGUGAGCGCGUGUUGUCGAGACUUGGAACACCCUGGAUGGUGGAGACGAUUGAUGCGAUUGGGGACGAAGCCUGGAGUGAAUUCCUGGAAAUGAUGCCCAAGUUGGCUGGAGAGCGUAAGUAUACGUUGGGUUUUGUGUUUUCUGAGGCGUGGUCAGUGGCCAGAGAUCUCACGGAAGAAGAGGACGAGAUUCCAUCAGUGAGACAGUUUAAGGAAGCGUUGUCCAGCUGUAUGCAGUGGUCACUGGAAGAGGUGGGCCGUGUGGAGCCCUGUAUCGUCAAAUAUCGUGAAGCGGUUGUCCAUGUGAUGGAGGAGAAGAGCACGUAUAUCGACGCCCAAGCUAGUAUCGAUCAGAUCAGUACGUCACUGCAUCGCCAGCAGUAUCUGAGCGCGCUUUCUUUCAUUUCUUUCUUGACAGUGAAGCGUCGACAGGCUCGGUAUCUCGUGUUGCGUCCGAAGAGAAUUCGUGUGAAAGACAACCCGAGAAGGUGGUGGAGAUAUGCGAUUAACGCCGUGCUGUUGGACGUUCGUGAGCGCUUGGCCCAUGUGGACUGGGAGGCACUAGAAAAGAAGCGACAACAGAGGAAUCGGUACAAGGAGUUGUAUCUUGUGCUGGAGCAUGGCACUACAUUUGCAGCCACGCUUGUGUCAUCGGAUCUCCGCUCACUGACGAAAGAAAUGGCACGCGGCGAGCUGGACGAAUUGGAGUUUACAAUGGACGUUCAGGAAUUGAUGAGACUUCGUCGUGCUGUACGUAAAGAUAUUGCUGAAAAGGAGAAAGAGAAGGAAGUGUUGAAGAAGCUGCAAAGCCAACGUGACAACGAAGAUGGUAUACCUAUCUCCCAAGGCUCAGACGUUCCUGCUUCUUCACGUCUUUGGUCGUACGCCUCGUGGCUCACAGGCGCCGGUGGAGCGCAUGGUGGCCAUGACACCGGAUCACGGAGAGGUGGAGAAAUACGCGUUGAAGACGUGAAAUGGAGUGAUCAGGACACCAAGGAUCUUUAUGACGCGAUCGAUUUUCAUCCGGAGGAAGACGAUAAAGAGAGUCGAUCGUCCGAAAGUGGCGAAAUUGAAGAUGCCGCUGCACGAAAGAAGCGCUCGUUGCAAGAGCAUCAACACAUUUUGUACAGAUUCCAGCUUACUCUGUGUAAGGCAAGGUUUGGACUCAGCCUUGAAGACGUUCCUACUGAUCUCAGCGGUCUCACUCUCCACGAAGGAAUUGAUAAGGCGAUCCCCACGAAGUCUAGUUCGCCAUCACACUUGAUUGCAUCGCUGGAUGACGUAGAAAUUCAAUUUCAAGUGCGGUCGUCGUGCGUAGAAGUCGGUCUCCAGCUUCGAGAUGCAUUCUUCUGCCAGAGUUCUAUCCCUUCAGUUCACGACAACUUAUCGCGCAAGCGUCGAUCCUUGAGUUCAUCAGGAACGGACUUCUUUCUCCAGCGAAUGGACAUGGACGAGAUCCUGGAGUAUCACCCAGUUGGCGUGCGAAAUCAAAUGAGCAGCGUGCGACUUCGUCACUGUGAAAGGGAACUCCCACUGAUGCAACUCCACAUCGAAUCGGAACGCCAACCCAAACUUGAUGAAGAAGCGGAUACGAAACGAGAGGCUUCUACGGAAGACGCUGUAGCUGGUGCUCAUUUACUCCGGGUGUCGCUCGUUACCCAACCGAUCAAGUGCAACGUCAACUUGAUGUUUCUCCUCGAUGUGGUGGCCGUGUUUUCUCGUCCUAUAAACGUGGAUUUGUCGGGUCUUGAGCACAGUGCAUGGAAGCGAGCACAGAGUCUGCAGCGCUACAGUACCGCUCAGUUGCGGGAUGCUGUAGCUCGAAGAACAAAAGUGGAUAUGCGCUUGGACGUGAUUUCGCCGUUGAUCAACAUUAUCCAAUCACCGCCAUCAGAUACCGGAAUUCCAACUGGUGACGAGGUGAGUUUGCUGGUAUUCCUGGGCCAUUUGAAGGCACAGACGAAGCAUCCGGGUGACAUAAUCGAUGACACUGACAUCACAAGUGACCUGGGGGACGAUGAACCAGCUGACAGCCGGAGGAUUGCUGUUGCUUCACCAGAGGAAAGUCUUUACGAUGUCUUGGAGAUCAGCAUCUCGGGUAUUGAAGUGCAAAUUAUCGAUGGGGGAAACAGCGGCAUUGCGCGGAACGUUUUUCGCUUGCGAACCCAUUCGAGCAAGAAAUCUGCUUGGCACUAUCUUCUCGAGAAAACUUCGUUGACGUUCAGCUUCUACAUGAGCGUCACGCCUGAUGAUCCAAGUAUUCCUCUUCUGAAGCUUUUUGGAGGCGUCGACAGCGUUAAUUUGAACUUGUCGGCUACAAGUUUCCGCUCGUUGAUGCAGUUGCUCCACUCGUUCGGGGAUAACUUUUCAGCUCACGCGCAACGACGUAUUGACAGAGAUGCUGCCACUGUCGUCGAUAUAGCAAACCUUCCUUCAACACGAAUCGGGCCCAGUACAGCAGCUCCUCAACGUAGCAAGCCGAAGCUCGUACGCAAGGUAUCGUCUUACGUAAAGCCUGGAGCUGUUGCUCUGUCCAGUAGUGACUCAAGUGGGAGACCUGCUGCCUCGGAGAGCAGCCCCUACCUCGGAUUAGCAAGGAAGAUCCAACUCGAGCGAAGGCGAACGUUUGGAGAAAAGGACAUCGACGACCACGAUUUACUGAAGCUGUGGAAACGUGUGAUCUGCCAGCUUCAAUUUGGAGUGGGUGAGGUUAUCCUCACACUACAAGUUCGUGAUAUGGAAAAUGGCUCGGGGAAAAUUGUUCGAGUGCGUGCAGUUGAUAUCAAUACGCGUUUAAAAGUGAGAUCCUACGACAGGAGGCUGGAAUUUGCCCUCGGGACGUUCUUGGUGGAGGAUAUCCUCCUCUCAAAACCGUCGCCGUCGUCGAAAGUGGUGGAAAAGAAGCGAUUCCUCAUGAAAUCUGGAAAUCAUGGGGUGGUGACUGAUCUGGAAGAUAAAGCAGAGGAGGAGAAUAUUGCUGCUAAACCCCCACCUUCAUCUGAGCAGUUAAUUCACGUGGCAAUUACGAGCAUCGUCUCCGACGCAGUGUUACCGAAGGACAAGAAACUGUGGAAAAAUGCUCGACAUUCGCCACUCUCCCCGUCUUCUUUUGAGAACUCCAUUUGGCAGGACUCACUGAUUACCUCACUCUCGGUCGAUGCAAGUUUGCGAGUGCUUACGAUUGACGUUUACCAAGACACUCUGGCAGAAGUCUUCGUGUUUUUCUUCCAGCAUAAUAAUGAGGAUACCGAAAGCAGUGUACAGGAGCAGUCACCUCCCCCGCCUCCACCAUCCUUGCGAAGCAUCAGUGAAGGAAGCACAGGGAAGAAGGGGAAUAUGGAGGAGCAAUCAGUAUUGUCCUCGGUGGAUGCUGAAGCGAACGAACGCACCUUCUCGAGGAAACUAAGCGGGUGGGUGGCUUCUUCGUUCCUGGAAAACCUAGGUGUCAGCCCAGAGAAGGAAAAUGAUCUCAGUGACUCAACAACAGACGCUAAUGAUGGUACCGAGGAAGAAUUGCCGGCAUCGAUGCAGCUUCGUCUCCAUGUGGAAGGUUUGUCGAUGUUUCUUCACUUGGAUGAUAAACAGAGACCCGAAGGGAUGCCAUCAGCUUUUGCUAGUUUGACAGCACAGCAGUUCUGCUGCUGCGUGCAAAGAUUCCCGCGUUACUUGAGCAUAUUUGCUUACUUGACUUCGCUGAAAAUUUGCGACGUAUCUCUGCCCGACCAGCACCUCAGUGAGAUUAUAUCUCAUGGAAGUACAUCGCCAGAACCAAAGGAGGACAAAGUGUGGAUCAAUCGGGAUGAUGCUCGUGAAUAUGAUGACAGCAUUGCGGUAGGUCACGUUCCUACGCUGAGCGAGAUUCUGGUGAUGCUCGAUGACGUCCCGGCAGUGUUUUCAUGUGCCGCGCAGUUUUACGGAGCAGAUUCCAUCCAGGAAGCAUGGCAUCCAGGCUAUAGCAGCCGAUACUCAGUCCGGCUUAAAUCACCGCGAAUCCGGUUUCUCUACAGCUUUGUCGAUGACAUGCGUAACUACUGGGUGAAGGGUGUUUUGUUGGAGACUGUUCUGUCGAUCUUGUCUCGAGAUCAAGCCGACAUGUUUUGGGAAGGUGACUUCCAACUAGCAGAUAUCCAAGGGGGCCCGACACAAGCAUAUAUGAAUGAAGAAAUGGAGGAAAAUCUAGACGACGCAGCACCUUCGGGCGGCUUCUUGGGAUCUGACGUGGUAUCGAUGUUCCCACUCGUCGAUAUUCGACUGGAAGACACGGUUCUAGAAAUGCCUCCUCAUCGAAUGUCGUCCGAGUCUCUUUUGCUGCGUUUCGAUAGCUUCCGAGUCUCCAAUGAAGGUGUCGUCAACAGCUUCCUUGGGAUGGAAAAUCGCAUCGUGGCCAAAGUUCUUCUUAAUUCCUCGCUGAAGCAGUUGCAGUUAGAUAUGAAGGCUCUUCGAAUUGUGUCGGUGAUUCUUGUGGACCGCAAUGAUGUGGAUAAGCGACUAGAUGGCGGGGGGUUUAUCACUCAAAGUCUUCUGGGGCUAACGAACUACUGCCUUUCAGUGGAUUUCCGCUCGCACGACGACCUGAAGUUGAAUCUGAGCUUCAAUCCCGUUCGCCUGGUUUGCAAUCAAGAGCAAUACGCCUUUGUGCUACGAGUACCAUUUCAGAAUUACCGUGAACGUAGUCGAUAUCGUUUUUCGCAAGGAGCUGAGGUACCAGCCAAGCCACGAGCGCGCAUUUCUUCUAGCCGAUCUCGAAGUGUUGACGGAGCAUCCUCGUCUGGGGGAAUUAUGGAGGUCGGCGACGAAGGAAGCAAUGGAAUGAGCGUCUCCGAGGCGGAGGCAGCUAACGAUCGGCAUAUCAUGCUCGACCUUCACGUUCCUGAAAUUACAAUGGAAAUAUUGCAGGGACAACAUGGCUACCAUCCCUCGAGCAGUGGUGAUCUCGAUAUGGUUGAGAAGGGCAAAACGAUCGACGGCUCGAUCUGCUUGCUGGCUCUUUCUGUGCUAUCAGGACGUGCUGAUUACAACUUGGCCAAUGGAAGAUUAACGGCAAAUGUUGACCUAGAGGGCAUUCACAUGCGGGACUCGCGUGUGAAGUCGAAGAUGUCUGCCUCGUAUCGCGAUGUUGUCGUGUUUGAGCGGUACAAGGAAGGAUUGCCGAAAGCGAUUAAGAUCCAAUUUGGACGCGAAAGUUUCGACGUGGAUGUAGCGACGAUAGGCUUUGACCCAGCCUUUACUGCACAUGGAAAUGGACUGCGCACUCCAAGAACGCAGUUCAGAAGUGUGUCGUCUAGAGCCAUUGUAGGCCUGUUCGGGUCCGAGCUUUCGCUUAGACGAACAGAUUCUGAGAUGUCCGCCUACUCGCAAAUGUCAUCAACCGUUACAAGCCAUGGCGCUCAUUCCGAGAAACCCAGCGAGGAGAAGAGCCCUCCAGUGGUGGGAACGGAAGGAAGAAUGGAUUUGGUGGUCGACAUUGCGGGGUUCAAAGUCAUUCCGUCGAACAUUCACUAUGAUUUGAUCCAGUUUUUGACGAUUCCUCCAGGUUUGAGUGGGGAUAGUGAAGGCUCUGAGAGUAGCAGAGGAGAUACGGAUGUGGAUGGAGAUCCUGACCCUGAAAACACAGUAACAGUGCCGCCAGUCUAUCGUCGGAUCAGUUUAGAGUUGAAUCUGGGACCAUCCGCUUUGUUGCUGGUUGAAAACCCUCACAAGCUGAAGUCGAGGGCGCUGAUGUUAUCAUGGGAAGCAUCGAUCAUUCUCAACUACCUCCAGCAAGCGAAUGAAGAUGAAUGCCCCAACAUUGAGGACAAAGUCAAAGAAUCACCAACACACAGUCGGAAUCAGUUGCAGUUCUGUAUUGCACUCGAGAAUAUCCACGCAACGUCUCGGCUGUCAGAAGAGAGCGUUUGGGCGGCAGAGCAAUCAGCUACAGCCGCAUCUGCCGACUGCCUGAAACCCAUCGAUAUGGAGACGGUCCUGCAAAUGGAUCUGCGUUCCCGUUUCCUCCGCUUUCGAACAACAUUUAACCGCGUGAUGGAGCUUCGAUUCGGAUAUCUGGAUUUCUGCACGAUGCUGGCAGCGCUCGAGCAUAUUUUCCGUCGCCCAAUCUCCGUACAACCAAGUGCUCCGGGACAGAAACGACGCUCAAUGUCUGGUUCGUCGAUUUCUUCUCUGUCAGGAGGUGGUGCAGACAGCGAUACGUCGUCUUGGAGUGGACGUCGCCGCUCGCCUUCAUCCCCGCGAUCAGGUCUCGUGUUGUCCAGCUCGAAGAAAGCCGAGCGACAACGCACUGCUGCUCUUUAUGGCUCGUCGCUGAUUUAUUUGGUGUCUGCUAGUUUCAGAGGACGUCUCGAGACGCGGCCCGUGGUUGGAUUUUAUAACUCGACGUGGCGCAAACGAUACCUCGUCCUGCCGUAUACAGCACAGCAGCGACAACUGGUUGAAAGCGUAGCGUUCCGGAUUUUGCCAGCCACCGGGAGUCGACGACAGAUUGGAGACGAGAUCUACUAUGGCGACAGAAUCAUCUUGGAAGCUGUGAUAGACAACAAGAGCGACAAUGACGAGAAAACAGCAAGAGAGAAAUCCCUUUCAAAAGAGGAAUCAGCGGAGACUCCUACCUCUGAUGCGGCGAAGGCAGCGCAAUCGACUUUAAUCCGGAAGUACGACCAACUAGGCGCUAUUGGCUACUUGGGUCCAGAAGGCUCAGCUGGAGCUUUCGAAACUACGAUCUGGAAGCACGGAAGUACGAUGUUUAAUUCGGAUAAGAGUGUCAUCUACGAUCGAGAGCUGAUUGUGUUCGAGGAACUCACGAUAUAUCGCUCGUUCAGUAAAGGGAAGAAGUUCGGCGUAGCAGAUGCUACUGGACAGCAAAUGGACUUCAACUCGGCACGAUCGGGACCCCAAGCUGAAGGUGCACACACGGUUGACACAACAGGCGCACGAGGAGGUGGAUAUCUGAUGUUCAACGGUGUCGGUGACGCACCAAUUCCGUUCGCCUUAUCGAUUGUAUCAAGCAAACCUAGCUCUAGGUUCCAGCAGCGUGAGGAGCAGACCAGUACUCCCGUUGACGAUGGCGAGCCAGACGGCGAGGCUGCCGAUACGGUCGUUGAUGCUGAUGCUAAUACUAGUGCUGCAGACGCUGGAGAUACUGUCGAGGAGAACCAGACACCUCCGAGAAAGAAGCGGAGGACAAAACGCAAGUCUCUUUUCACGUACUCCUCUUUUCUCGAGAAUCUGAAGAUCUUGGAGUUUACGCUGCCUGGUGUGAAUGCUACAGUUGUAAACGAUUUUCACAACAUGCUUCUGCCUCUGCUUCAUUUCCGCGUGGCGACAUUACAUGCAGAUAUUCGAGGGAGAUUGGAAGACAAGUUCACAGCGCUAACGAGUCUACGUUUUGGAAUCCAAGCCUAUAACUCUCAACUGGCUGUAUGGGAACCUGUACUCGAAGACUUCGAAGUGAACAUGGCAUACCAUGGGAAAGGAGGCGUGUUGUGUGACUACUGCAUGUCUGAGAGGCAGUCGAUCUCUCCCACGGGUGCUGCAUUGCGAUGUGACGGGAUGCCACUGUGUCUGUUCCGCUCGUCUCGAACCGAGGUGUUUACUAACGCGGCGGCGCAUUCAUGGGAAUCGAAAAACUUCAUUUAUCGCGAACUACUGGAGCAGCCUGAUGUACAAGAUGGCGCCAAACUGGCGAACACGUUCAUGAUUGUGGUGAAGGACGAUUUCAAUAUCAACGUUUCGCGCAACGUGAUUAACGUGCUGGUGCACUUUUUCGCUUUGGUGACGAAGGUGACGGCAGCUGACGAGGCCUUAUCAUCGCGUCUCGGGCCGUUCAUUUAUGUGGACAACCAGUCUGGUAUCCCGUUCGUCGUGGCGACGCAUCCGUCGUCCUCGAGUGGUGCGCCUCCCACAGCAGGUGGAACUCCAUCAUCGUCUCGAAGACCUACAAGCUCCAUUGAGAUGCCCACUGAAGUACCGGGUGCUGACACGAACGACGACAUUAUGAAGACCGGAACGGCUAUGUUUAACAGCAAUGCUUGGAGUCGUCGUCGACUUACAACGAUGCUGAACGAUAUCUCUUCAUCGGAUACAAAGUGGAUCCGAGUCGAAAGUGGCGAGCGCGUUGCCACUGAGAUCGUUGCACAUGAAGCGCCGGCAGGAUGCGUAACCUCGCCGCUCCGUCGGUUGCUGUGGCUAAAGCCACAGUCGCCUACGCAAAGAACGACCUCUUCCAAGGCGAUUCCAGUGCCGAUUGGCUAUUCUAACCGGAGCUAUCUGCAUCUAGAGAGUAGUGGCAAGCAGCGCGAUUCGUGGCAUGGCGAGAGUAUCAUAUGCGAGACCGUUGCAGAGCAAGGCACACUCGUUCUGCGACUGCGAGGAAAGAUUCAGUUGGCGAACUUCUUCAGUGUCCCCAUCCAAGUGAUCUACAACGACCAACGGGAGGAGACGAUAGAGCCCGGUGGGAAGACAGCGCACUACAUUCCCAUUCAAUACCUUGAGUCUGGGACUAUUGCAUUCCGUCCACUGCUGUCGAACGGAAAGGUUCAGCAUUCGGAACCACUUUCGAUCGCGUCUCUGUUGCGGUCAAAUGAUAGCAAGUAUCGAGGUCGCUCCAACCGCCGGCAAAAUGUUGGCUCGCUGGAACUACGCAAAGCCCUGACGUUUUAUUGGGAUGUCCAUCCGAGUUCAGGGAGCGAGGAUGCUCCAGAUUUCUCGUUUGGUGUGUCGUUACCACCGUUCCAAGUGAUCCUGACUGCGCUGCGGAAGUCUGAACGUCAUGAGACUACGAUCACAUUGCGACCUCCUAUUGUCCUGGAGAACCUCGUGCCUUAUGAAUUGUCGUAUCGCACUGUGUGCAUGAAAUCGGAAGCUGAGGUCGUGUGGGUGGCAAAGAAUGCUGCUUCAUUCUCUGGCGUGAACGGGAAGGUGUCCUCUGGAAGCUCGGCUUGUAUAGCAGAAUUGGACGUCUUGGAGCGAGAUAUGGAGAACAGAGAGGUCGUGCAAACUCCUACAGUUGUUGGACUCAGUCUCGCACUGCCGCAGAUUCAACUGGGGAGAUUCUCACGUUGGUCGAGGGAUACAUUCAUCUACGGCUGCCAGUCAUUCUGUGAGCGGAUUGAAUUGAAUAUGCGUGAUGACAGCGAGUUGGAAGCUCCGACUCCUGCGAACAAGCUAACAAUCUGCGUCGAGAUCACUCAGCUGGAAAAAUUGCGUUCUCGUGCACUGAAUACGCUCUGUCCAGUAGUGUGUCGGGUGUUCACAGAGUACUGGUUGAUCGACCGAACGUCGCUCUCGCUCGCGUUCUAUACGGCUGAUGACUACCUUAUCCCGUCCAAUCACCCUGGCCGCCUGUACGACGAUAAGAGUGACGCUGAGAACGAAUCCUCUUCCGUCUCGCUUUCUGUGUUUUCCUGUGAGAGCAAGCAAGUCGUGUCCAAGAUGAAGAUCGGAAUCAAGGGAGAAACAGGAGAGCGUGAGGUGCAGUCCGAGCCUUUCGACAUCAGUGCCGUGGGAGUACGCGGACAGAUCCUUGUGCCCACCAACCGGUCUCGAGAUGCUCGAUCUCUGCUGUCUACAAUCACAGAGUUCGGAGCUCCAUCGAACGGACUGAGAACGACCUUCAAGCAGUACGAAUUCGGUGUGAUGAUCGAGCAAGGGCCAGAGAAAUUCUCGCGAUCUCGUGUUGUGACCUUGGUCCCGCGCUAUUAUUUCAUCAACACUUCAAACCGGUUUGAAAUUCGCGUUCGACAGGAGCGUUCGACCGACGCGAGUGCUGUGAUUGUGCUUCGCCCACAAGAGACCAAAAUCUUCCACUGGAGCGAUUCGCGCUUGCCUUCACGAGUUCAGAUUUGCUUUGUGCUCCCCGACAACCGUCAUGAUGAUCGUGAUACCGUCUCGUUUGCGAAUUCCUCGCAGUGGAGUGCUCCGUUCGAGCUCUCAUCGGUGGGUAACUUCGUGUUGCGUGUAAAGUCAAAAGUUCGACCUGCACCACCAUGUCUUCCCGAGUGUUUUGAAGGAAAUGUUGCCAAGCGCGAGCAAAUUGAAGAUGACGACGAAGCAGACAUGUUUUUCGAUGAAGAAGACGAGUACAGCGAUGCCGAACGCAUGCUCGCGAAUGGGACCCAGCUCAAUGUAGCGGUUGAACUGCACGAUCCGUCCUUCUUAGUGUACCUGGAGGAGGGUAAGCAGUCUAUUCACUCGUCUCCACUAUCUUCAUACGAAUACGAAGAGGAUGAUCGGGAGCAUACACUGACGGUAAAGCACAAGGAGAACGAGGAAUUUGUGCCGUUCAAGAUCAAGAACGAGUGCAGCAACUUGGCGCUAGUUGUGUGGCAGAAAACGCUAAUCAAAGACGACAAGGGGAACGUGACGAUCGGCUUUGAAGGUGGAGAACCCGUGCUCCCGUUCCACACGAUCGACUAUGUGCCAUUCCGUUUCUCUGCGUUCCCAACGGUGUUUGUACAGGUCCAGAAGGUGGCAGGCUUGGGCAUUGGAGCAUUGAGGAAAGAGCACCCGUUGCAUGGCCAUCGCUCUAAUACGAAGACUUCAGCCGAUAGAAAAGGUAAAGACCCACCAAUUACUGCGCUUACCAGAGCAGCAAUCGUGGGCCAAACUCAAGUCGUUGCGAGCUUCGAGGUGCAGUUGAAGAAGCUUCAGCGUCUACCGACGAUCGAUGUGUCGGAGGGCGUGGUAAAGAAGCGAUUAUGGGCUGAAGUAUUGCUGGAUGAAACAACGAAAACCUUACUGGUGACUGAUAUGCUACCAGGGUUCUCUGGCGAGCACAAGAGGCGGCGACGAGCGACUCUACUUCGCAGUUGGAAGCGCUACAACACCUCAAUCGUAUUUAUUUCCCAUGUUCUCGCGGCUCACAGGGCUCAGCUGAUGGAUGGAUCUGAAGAGGACAAUGCACAUGACGUGCCUGCGAAGAAGAAGCGUGUGCGUUUUGCUUCAGACGUUGUGGAAAUGAAGGGGAAGUCCGGCGCUGACGAAGCUGGGUCUUCAGAGGCACAACAGGGAGCCGAAGCUAGCAGUAUACCGCCAGCAAUCGAAGAAGAGAAAGAGAUAGAAGCGUUGGUCCUCUGUGUUCGCCUGGUGGAAGCUAUGUGCCUAGAAGAUGUGUUCCUUCAAGCUGGACGCAGUGACUUGACGUCGUGUCAGCCGUUUAUUACCUUCUCACUAAAGAGCGACGGUGAAGAAGCUCGCACGAAGCUAGUACCUCAGUCUACGACGAUGUUUCCGCGGUGGCUGCCUGCACCGAAUUCUCGAGCUGUGUUGAGCGCAUUGAUGCUGAGCGAUGGAGGUGAGGAGAGCUCCAGUUACGAGUUUGGAGCAGGUGCAGAGAUCAUCGUGGAGAUACGAGAAGCAGACAAGAUCCUGUUCGGCUCGUCCGUCAUCGCGACUGCACGUAUUCCGUUGCAGGAAUACUGUGCUGCUGCGAUGAUCUCAGCUAGAGGUGGAGCAAAUAAUGAGCUGCAAGUGGUUGAGUUCCUUGCUCCUGUUCGCGUGGCUCGGAAAGGUGGAGGCUGGUCUCAUCCAGUAGAGAACGAAGCUCGUAUUCGCUUCCAGAUGUGCUGCCGUCGAACCCUCACAACUCGAUCAGCUGCUGCCGAAUCUAGUGGAGAAGGCAGAGACUCUCUUGAAACAGUGAAGGAGUUGAAGGACAUACUGUCGGCAUACAACAUGAAGAAGGAACUAGACGUGCUUGUUAGCUCCAAAUCGCAGCUAAAACUUUUGCUUGAGCGCGAAGCUGUGGACACGUCAACUAGUGGCACCAACAUUCCAGCAGCGUUGCGAUCAGUGCCGGAUGCUUCAUCGGGAGAAGAGAAGAAAGACUCGGGUCUUUUGCAAUUUGUUGCCCGACCUGCUGGUUCAGACGAUGACAGUGUCGGAGCGCGUAGUAGAAGCUCCAGUUCUGCCCGAGGCUCUGCAGUAUCGGCGACUACCGACGAAUCCACUAGCGAUGGCACGUACGAAGAGAUGGGGGACGAAAAGCGGCUGUCUGCAGUUCUAAUUGGCGUGUCGAACCUCCAAAUUCCUACAGAAAUUAUUCGGAAUAACUUCAAGCACGCGCACGGAACAACAGAUCAUCUCGAGCCCAAGGUUUACUGUACGAUCACAUACCAAGAGUCAACACGUUCAGCUCUAUCUGCAGUGGCAAAACCUUCGUCCGUGUCAGCAGCAACCGAUCAGAACAUCCCUGAUGACAACGGAUCGUCGUCUCCUGAUCGAUCGUCAAUGACUGGACCACCAGGUAGCAAUGAUCAUCUGCAACAGGUUCGCACUCAUGAGUUUCCAAGAGGUCAAAUGCUGGGACUCGACCUAGUGUAUCGCAACGGACGUGUGCUCGUUCAGGGUGUCGUAUGUGAUGGCCCAUGUGGAGCUCUUGUCUACGAAGGCAAGAUUCGGAUUGGUGACACGGUGGUCGCAGCUAACAACAAGUCCAUCGUCAAUCUCCAUCGCGAUGCGUCGUUUGCUGUGAUUGAGAAGGCAAUGCAUUGGGGAGAGGGCGUUGGAACACCGACUCCGGAGCAAGCAUCAGCGACGUUUACUCUGUCGUUCUUGUACCAGCCGACGACACCUGAGCGUAUGAGAUUCAGUGAUACAUCGAGGCCUCCGUGUGCUCAAGCAACAGACGACGACACUGGUGUACGGAAGUAUGAUGCGGAGUGGAAUCGUCGCGUGGAAUUCGUUGAAACAGCCAACAAAAAGCCUGCCGCGGGCUCUGGUGAAGACCAGGUACUGGUGCGUGUGUAUCUCCGGAACGAGACGUCCGACCACGGCUUGUCAGCCUCGCAAGAGUCAAGUAUUGUGCCGUUCCUGUACUUCUUCGGUGAUGAUGCAAUGAUGGAUCAUCUCGAUCACAGCAAACAAGACUCUCGCUUCGACGUGCUAUUAGCCGAGUGCUGGGUGCCCUUACCCCCGUCUUCUCUCUCUAGUGCCGCUAAUCCGAUGUCGAUGGACGGGAACCCGAUGGCUGAGCCUUCUGCUCUCACCUUCAACGAGCGGAUCUGUGCGCUGUACUCGCCACAACAACGUACGCACCAACACUCAGCGUUAGAGAUGAUUGGACAGCUACGACUAGCACUCAAGUGGGAUUUCAUUAAUCCCUUACGAGCAGCUCACCAACAAGGAGAUCUCAGUCUUCAUUUCCAGCUUGAAGUUGCGCGUAUCUGCAUAUCGGUCGUGGACGAUGGCGCAUGGAGUUCAGUGACGUCUGCAGCAGGCCCUCAACAGCCACAGGAGGUGCUGUGCAUCUCGCUCUCUGACCAAAACGCUUCUGCAGGCGUUCAGUUGAGCUACGGCCAAAUUACGGACGGGAAACAAGUUAUUAAUGCACGCUUUGGGCACUUCCAGAUCGACAACCAAUUGCUAGACACGAAUUACCCGGUGUUACUGCGUCCGAUGCGUCUUGUAGACGCACAAAUGCAAGAAGAAGGCUACACGAUGUCUCGCGAGAAAGGAGGGAAGAAUAAUGAUGCGGAUAGCCCCAUGCUAUUGCCGACAGUGCAGCUCAUGGCGGUCUUCAGUCGACAGCCCAAUGUGAUCCAGUUCGACUACAUUUUCGGUCAGCUUCAAGAGUUGGAGAUCAAACUGGAAGACGCGACGCUGGUGGCGUUGGCUCAUGUGUUCUCGGGAGUGGAGUGGUCGCACACGGCGUCGAAUACUCGUACUAGCAAGAAGAAAAAGCGACCUGGAGAUGAAUUCGGCUCGAACUUAGCGCUGAAGUUAUUGGAGAUCGAGUGGUCUACCCCCACGCUACUGUCCACAGCUGCGGGUGGACGCUUGGGUAGUACAAGGGACGGUGGAGGGGCAAACAUGAAGGUGUUGUUGCGAUGGCUCCUGCUGUGUCCUGUGAAGGUCAACGUGACAUUUACUAGCACGGCAGACCGGUCGUUGCUGCUGUCACUGUUGUCUCCGGACAUGUCGUCUGUUCUAAGCACGCUCAUCAGCGCAGCAGCAGCGCUGGUAUCCAAUCUAGACCAAGCACCUAUUCGAAUACCGGAGUUUUACGUGGAAAACCUGCUCGAAACAACGCACACGCUCGCAUUCUAUGCCAUGCAGCACUAUCUGCACCACGGUUUGCGCAGCUGGUACAGUAUUAUGGGCUCUGUCGAUUUCCUGGGGAACCCGAUUGGUCUAGUGAGCACCCUGGGUACCGGAGUUAAAGACUUCUUCUAUACACCGGCUCAGAUGCUGCUGGAGGAUGAAAAUGGUCUGCGUAUCGACAAUUUGCGAACUGGCAUGACCAAGGGCUCCAAAAGUUUGUUGAGGAACACAGCGGUGGGCAUCUUUCACACGACUGGCAAGAUUACAGAGACGCUUGGGAAGGGUAUCGCGUUGUUGGCUAUGGAUGAACAGUAUAACGUUCAGAGACAGCGUGCCUCUACCCGACAGAUAAAAAAGAUCAACGACUUGGGUGAUGCAAUUGCAGAAGGUAGUAAGGGACUUGUUGGGGGUGUUUGGGAUGGUAUCAAGGGCGUUGUGGCUGCUCCAGUGCGUGGUGCAGAACAAGAUGGCGCUGGUGGAUUUGUCGUGGGUAUCGGUAAGGGCGUCGCGGGGCUAAUUGUGAAACCCACAGCUGGAUUCUUGGACUUGCUUACGAGUCUUUCGCGAGGAGCGAAAACAAGCGCGGAAUCUUUGGAUGGCACAGAUCGCAACGCGUUUGACACAGUCACACGCUUCAGGCUACCUCGGCGAAUCUGCUCGGACGGUGUUCUAGUGUCCUACUCGGAUCGAGAAGCUCGAGGCUAUGCGGUGUUGCUGCUGACGUCGCUGGAUGCCACAGAUGAGUACGUACCAACGGAAUCGUUCCAUACCUGGCAGCCUUGCUAAUUGAAUGUAAUUGUACAGCUACGUGUAUCAUGUGGACUACGGUAUCGAGCCACACCGUGGAUUGCUGUUGCUGACAGACAAGCGACUAAUAUGUUUGAGCGGCAAAACUGGUCAAAAAUUGUGGGAGGUGGCUCUUGACUCGACGUUGGAGGUCGUCGUGGAAGGUGCUACCCUCAAAAUCGGUCAGACCACAUCUCCAUCUCGGUCGUACAAUAUCGAAUGCGACAAUGAAGUAGCGGCGACCAACUUCCGAGUAGCGGUGGACUCAGCACGUGUAGACGUUUCCGCCACUCGGUACUUGCUUCUGAAUCUGGAAAAGAGUCAAGAGGAGUCUCGGAUCAUUGGUGGUGGACGCUUCGGAAGCGGAGCAGCAGGCCUGAUGAACAACGACGAAGACCGUACAGACCUGCAUGUGCUGAUGGAAAGCGUGCAGGAUACGACAGUCUCUGGCCUCUCGAACGAUGAUCUGCGGUCUCAACCUCUACGCUCCGUGCGUGUUGAAGUCUGCCAUCUACAGAACAAAGAUGCUCACGCCAAUGUACCGAACCGAGCGAUCGAUAAACUGCUAUCGUUCAGCGUCUUCCAGAUCCAAGUGUACGGUGGGCCAUACCAAUGGACAGUGUUCCGUCGGUUUAGUGAAUUCCGCGAGUUGUGUGCAACGCUGGAGAGCGCAGGAUACGUCUUGGAAGGCCUUCCACCUCUCCCUCCACGGACUUUUCUUCCGAGCACACGAGCACCAGUGGCGAAGUAUCGACAAGAAGCCUUGAAUAUGUUCCUACAGGCCGCGAUCAUGCAUUCCGCUAUCAGUCGCAGUGCAGCCAUGCUCAACUUCCUCACGUGUGCAGCUCGCGAAGUGCGCGUGAGUCUGCCACCGCUGUCGCCUACUGGGGAACGAGAAGCGUCUCAACGUGCUGGGGACUCACCUUAGGUAGAUUUUUGUUUGUGUAAUGGAUAUAUGUCUAUGGUAGUUUGAAGUCUAGGGUGUGCGCUCCAGCAUCUUCGCCUGUGAUUGGAGAACUCGUUCGUAGUCUGUGCAGAGGUGAUCAAGCAGCAUGCGAUUCGAGAGCACGACUCGACCAAACUCGUCCGUUGCGACCUCCACGAACUCCACCACAUCUGGUACUUUGUGGCUAUUGCCUAAAGUCUUGAUACUCACGUCGUCGUCGGUUUCUAGUGACGGCCCCGGAGCGAUCACACGAUUGAGGUAGAGAAUGCGUCCAGGGGGAAACAGUGGAUCGUGAAGCAGCAUAUUAUCGUCCUCCGAUUGCUCUUGGUCCUGAUUGAGCUGCUCCCAUUCCUGCUCAGUCUCUUGACUCGAUUCCGGCUCAAAUCGCUCUGAAGGAUCGGUGUCUGCAAAAACCUCACCGAAGCUGUCGUUCUUGUCUUUCUCUUCCAGGAUAGCUGCAUGGGUGGACUUCUCAGUGCUCGAUUCGUUUUCACAGUUCACCCCCAUCAGAAACGGCAAGUUCUGUGAAAUCUUCCCCGCAACAUCGUCCAGUUCUUCCUGCACAAUGGAGCUUAAAGCUUCGGUCUCUUCCUUUAUCGUGUCGACAUAGUUUUUCACAUUAGAAGUGACAGCGGUGGACACCUUUGACCUGCGAAGACAUAACUACCGGUUAAUCCACGGACAAUGUCUUCGCAGGAACAUAAUAUGGUGAAGAUCCGUACACUUGCUCACUAAUCCGUGAUUUAAGCGAUGCGCGUGUCUUGUCGACGAUAUCGUCGAUUCGAGAGCGAAACAGCUGCAGCUGGGAGGAUUCUGUGGCAUCUCCAAUAACCAAAACAGGAGUUAGGCAUCUUCUCCUGACGCACAUGUAAAAAGUAAACUCACCAGGAUCAUCGUCACUUUUGAGUAACCUCUUCGUACUUUCAGAUGUCUUGUGCAGAACCUCCUUCAGUUCCACCAGUACACGCUCGAGCUCCUCAGGCUUGUUGACAGCAGCUGACAGCCGCUCAAGAGCAACAACGCUCUCAUCCAUGCGCUUCCACCAAAAAGAAUCACCUGCGUCGUCAAGAAACCACGUACGUGAGUUAGACGAGAAAAAAACUUACUGAUCUCGAC